GGGGUGGGAGGGCAGCUUGCCGGGGAGCAUUUCAACCGUGAGUCUUUUGAGUUAGCUAACAACUCAAACUAACUCUUGGGGCUUUUGUGUGUUGUUAUAUGAAGACCGUGGGUAGCUGAGGAUGCUCGGUGUACUGGGCACCUUAUGCUUUGCAGCCCCACUGCCAGCUCAUUUGAACAUUUGAAUUACUUGGUGGGGAAAUUUGCCAUCUCCUGCAUUACACUGGCUGUGUUGGAUUGAAGUUUCCACAAAAAGAUUCUCUCCUUUCCUAGAAGAAUUAGCAGGGAAGAGGGGGUGUUCACCCUUUGUAAACUGUAAUGAUUUUGAAAAGAAACGGUAAUGCCUCUACGUGAAAGCAGGAAGAGCAGUGUGUAAAUUGAAAUUGUCAAUAGUAUCUGUAUGGUCUCAGAUCUGAGUCCAAGAACUAGUUGGGUCAUUGAUUCUUUGAGCUAUUUUAGCAUGAAGAGUCAAAUUGAAUUAAAUUGGACUUACAUACUUAAACUGAGAUGUAUACAAUAGUGCCUCAAGGAGUCAAUGAGAGAUUUUGUUCACCUCCUUAAAAAUGGGCAUUGCAAACCUGUGGUUAAUUACAUUUAAAAACUGCAGAAGAAAGUUAAAGCUAAGAUGAUUUGUACUUGGAAUGAAAGUGCUAUCAUCAUCCAUUGUGGCUUUCCUAGCAGUACAGUAUGUGCUUGGGAAGAUGCUUUGAUGGAGAUGCGUGCCAAUAAAACCUGGCCUUGGAAGCACGUGGUAUGAAUGAAUGAGGGAAGAAGCCGCUAGCGCUAACAGCACAGCAGCGUGGAGCAGCUUCUGGGGGUGUGUGUGAUGCUGGUGGCACUGCAGGUGCUCUGCAGGACUAGAGCGAGCUCUUUGCAUAGCCAUGGAGGAAUGAAACAUGCCACGGGUACCAGCUGAUUUAUUUGAUGUGCACGCAUAUAUGCUUACAAAAAAACCUUGAGUAAUGGUCAAGACAGUUGUCUUAGUCUUUACCGAAGAUAUCCCAAGGAUGUUGCAUGGAGAAGUGAGACAUGCCAAAAUCAGCAAUUAACAGUAAGAGUUGAUGACUCUUAAUUUUAAACUGUUGCAUGUUCAGGCAGCUGUGUGCUAUUUUUACACAAGACUGAGGAUGGCACAGCAGUUGCUUCUUCACUUACUGUAUUUCAGUACCGCUGGUGGAUGCUCUUCCAGUGCCAUGGCAGAGCGAGGCUGCGACCCAUGAGGCAGCAUCCCUUCCCACACACAGGUCUCUUGGGAUGAGGUGCACAGCCAGGUGGGCUCUGUGGUCCUUCAGCUCCCACACUGUAGGCUUUCCUCUGUUGCAGGUUUCAGGAGGCUCUGCUGGAAGGUCCGGUGAUGCUUUAAGUCAUUUGAUAGAGUUUGGAAAGCAGAAGCUGCAGUGGGGCUUGUUACCGUGAUGGAUGGGUGUGCCAGGAUGCUGGUGUAUUGCCUGGCUUUAUGACUCUGGCACCUCAACAAGCUUCAGUUUCAGUGGAGGAAUUCUGUAAACACUUGUCUUUAAUGUCAGGCCUCAGGAGACUGCUGAUCCCCCUGCCUCUGCUGGUGCUGUGAGGUCAGGGCCUGAAAGUCUCCUCGUAUUUUCACUAGGUGGUGGGAUGUGUGUAUGUAACAUGACUUGGAGCUGCAGGGUGAGGGUUGCAUGAGCGGUAUCACAAGACCUGGCUGGGUCUUGCCUCACUUCUGAGACGUAUCUCUGGUUCCAAAAUUCCCCAUCCUUUACUCUCUGCCUCGGCUGCUUUAUAUAGGCUCCUUUUCCUCCUCUCACUGCUUCUUCUCCUCUGCCCCAGUUACUAAAAGCUCCUCUCGCAGAUGCGUCAUCAUCUUCAUCAGCAGAGCUCUUGUCGUCCGUAGGCUGAGAGCAGAGCCUGCUUGAGGACGGAGAAACGACCUGCACACCUCCCUUAAGAUUUCAGGUGACUGGAAGUUGUUCACUGGUCAAACAGGCAUCUUUUUCUGACAGCGUCUUCCCUGCUCAUCUCUGGCAGGGCUUACCCACACUGAGACAAGUGGCUCAUCUGAAUCAGCGGGUGAGAAAUAGGCCUUGCGGUUGCUGUAGCCAUCAUGUCAUGAUUUUCAGAGUACUCAGUGCCUGGAGUAAGGUGAACAUCUCUUCCUCGUCGAAAGUUUACAGAUGGGCUCAACUAACCCCAUCCUUGGGGGAUUUAAGGACACAGCCAGCCCAAGUCCCAGGUGGGCUCCCUGCUCCUGCUGCCCGUAGGGGUCCCUCAGCCAGAGUGAGUCAGGUGGCACUGGUCAGUGCCUGGAGAGAGGGUAGCAAUGAAGAAAAACCCUUCGACCAAUGCCAAGUAGAGGUAUUAUGAGAGACUUGGCAAAUUCAUUUUCAUGUAAGCUGGGCUUAAUCGUUGGUGCUGGCUGUACUGGCUUCCAUGUCUGGCAAGGGGGCUGAUCUAGAUAAAUUCAUUUAUUUUCCUGCUUUUUAUUUCUCGUGUUUGUGCAUAGCAAGGAAGAAACGAAAGAAAGAGGGCAAAUUAAGUGAAUGCUGCCAGAUUAAUUAUUCCAUCUCAUUUCAACUCAUAUUUAUAAACCUAUGACUUUGGAUGGGAACGUUCAAAAUGAUCUUUGCUUGCAGUGACCAUCUUUCCAUCUAAUUUAAAAUCAUUCAGCUUCUCAAGGAGCAAUUAUGCUCCUCACUAACUACUGAAAGGACAUGACAACAUCAGAAAAGCUGAUUACUCCAGCAGUCUUUCUUACAUAAAAUAGCUAACUAAUCUCCCAGCUCCAGUCACUGCGUACUAUUGCAAAUGUCUUCCUGGAAGUGAACUUCAUUCUCAGUCGUGGCAGUCUGCUUCUCAUCCUCGAUUAUUCUCUGUGUUGUCACAGUGAUGGUUUGGGGGCUCAGAGAUUUUCUUUUUUUGUCUCUGUGGUUGUUCUUGCUUCCACUGCUCUUUUCAUCCUUUUUCUCUGCCUGAUGAAAGUGAUGUGCAGAGAAGAGAGUUUGUGUCCUGCUUAGGAAAACAGGGAAAUCUCCAAGCUCUUCUGCUGCCGUGACUGUUGCCCUUGAGGCAGUUCAAGUUUGAGAUUCUGCAGGAGUACGACUACUGAUGGGUGCAGUUGCCAGAGAGAGCCCCAUUUGCAGGUAUCUUAUUUUCCUGGCAGCAUUCAAAUGCUCAGAAAAAGGGGGGGUACAGAAUCUACCAAGAUAGAAGCCCUUUCUGAAAUUAAAGAAAGAAAAACUCUCAGCUGUUAAAUUUUCAUUGUAAGGUUUUAAGUUGCAGUGUGUUUAACUAGUUGCGGUGUUUUUAACUUGUGCGGUGAUGCACUUCAAGUCUUGCUAUGAACAAAAGAAAACACAUCUUAUUUGCAAAGCCAAGAGUUCAUGGUCAACACUGUAACUCUCUAAUGAAAUGGCUGUGACUUGUUCAGAUCAAGUUGCUGCAGAAAAACAAAAGGAAAUAAAAAAUAAAGCUAUGGAAAAAAAGUUGGAAGUUGCAGUACGGUGCUCAGUGAUACCCAUGCCUUUCUCUGCUCACCUUUCCAAUAUCCUCCUUGGAAAAAAGAGACUGGAGUGAGGGUGAGGGCUCUUCUUUCCCUGCCCUUUUGGUUCCCUUUCCCUCCCUUUUUAUACUGGACGUUGCAGCCUGCCCCAAAAUUGGGGUGCAAUGAGCAGAAGCAGGAUUUCCCAGAGGUUAAGUUGAAAUUUAGGCAAAAAGACUGAUUUUGCCUGGUGGAAUUGACUCUCUUCUAGCUCUUGCUAGGGUCUGUGAGCCCACUCAGUCUUACCAACCCUUUUGUAAAUUCCUAAUGCCUCUCCUGCAGUCGGGCACUUCUGCUCUUUGUCCUGACUGCGCUCCAUAUUAAAAAACAAAAAAAGGCAGUGAGUCAUCGGUGUCCAUGCUGCCUCCAGGAGGAACAGACUGCUGACACUGGCAUUUAUUCUUCCUUGCUGGGAGAAGCAGGAGGUUGAGGUUGAUGGUUCCUUCCUCUUGGCUCUGAGGUCUGCUUGGAACCAUAGCUGUUUUCCAGCAUGCUUUUUCACCGUCCUCUUUCCUCAGUCUGUAUGUCUGUUAUGUCUGUGUUUGUUGUCCACAGAGCACCUUGAACACAAUGGCUACUCGUUCCUUAUUCUCUCUACUGAUUGUUAAACUGAUUUUGCUGGGGGCCUGCGUUCCUUUGCUAGUGAGAAGAUGUGUGGGGCUUUUGCUCUGUUGCUUCUCUUGUCAUCUUGUGCCCACUCUUACCUUCCUGUGCCUACACCUCUGCGAGGCAUCCCCUGCCCCAGCUUGGGAGUCCCCAGCAGCAUCAUGCUGCAGUCCUAUUUCUCUACACUGUCUGGUCUCACUGGGAGGAUCAUCAAUAUUUCAUCCCCUGCAGGCUAUCAGCCUGUUACUUCUCUGUGAACAAGCAUUAUGGGUUAUGUACAAAAAUAAGCCUCCUGGUCAAUAGAAAAAGUGCCAGUACUGCUAAGUAAGCUGCAGCAGAGCCCCGGGCACACGCAGCCGGCGCCUGGCCCUCAGCACUGCCUCAACGUGUGCCAUGUCGUCAGUAUAUCUGCUGGUUUUGGUUCCCCUCUCCUUCUCUUAAGAGUUCUUGACUAUUUUCAGCUUAAUUAUUGCUGAACAUUAGGAUGGUGGUUACAGGGAACUGUUCAUAGUGCUUUCAGGAUUUCUUUUCUGAUCAGUGAAGUUAAUGGAGAGAGAGUUGCUGUGUGUAUAACACUGGGAUUGCUGUCUCUGCCCUGUGAGCUGGUUUGUGUUCCUCAGUGUUGAAUUUUGCUGUUUUGAAAAGAUUUCUUUUGACUGAGAAGCAGACACUUGUGAUGUCAGCAAGGUCAGGCUCUGCAGACACAGGCCAUUGAGAUGGUGACCCAGUCAGCAUAAAGUAACAGGGAUUUUGUGUUACAAAGAAGAGUCAGAGGGUGGGAUCUCUAUCUCUGCUCAGGUGGCUGUGCUGCCACAUCUCUGCUGUGGUUUCUGGAAUUGAGCAUGGUGUUGCAAGUUCACUGGGAUUGACAUGUUUACCUGUUGAGCUUUGAGCUUUCUUUGACAUCUGGCACUGUUCCUGCUCUGCCAUUCCUGUAUAAUUUGCAUUGUAUAUUUUUUUUUCCCUCAAAAAGUUGCAUAGUAUCCAUUUACACGUAGCCUGUUGUGGCAACGUGCAUCUUUGUAGUGUCCCUGUUCCUCGUUUGGUUUUUCACCCUGAGAUGUGCUUUCCAGUUCUCUCUUCUUUCUGGUCUUCACAUUUCAGUGUAACGAGCUGAGUUUCCCAAACCAGAACCAUGGCCCUGCUUUGCUUAGGGAACGCUGCCCUUCUUAGGCAAGGCUUGACCUGCUCCUGGCCUCUGCUCGAGUGACGCCAUUCUGGACUUCUUCUGUAGCUGUUCAUUGGUGUUCUGAGCUUCUUAGAUGAUGUUACGCAUCAGCUAUGAAUUUUGCCUGCAGGCUGCUCUCCCUCCAUGUGCUGCUGAUAGCUGGGUGGGUGGCAGGCUACCGAGUCCUCUGCAGCAGUUCCCAAGUACAAUGUACCCUGCAGAAGAUUGUCCCUGAUAAAAGCUGUGGUUCUCUGAGGCUCCUCUGUUCCGGAUAUAUUUAAGCAAAUAGAAUAUUCAUAGUUUUAGAUAAAGUUAAGGGAGGGGAAAGGAGUGGUUUCACAUUUUGAGUGCAAACACUUACAGCCAAUGCAGCCUGCUGGGAAGCAUCACAUUAAAUUGCAUGACUUCAAAAAAAAAAAAAAAGAAAGAAAAAGAAAAGAAUAUCCAUUUUACUUGAGUCUACAGUAUGAAAGAUUAGGAGUUAAGAGACAAUUUUCACCCACUUUGAAAGUAAUGUAUUUCAAAUGUAAUCCUUCAGUGCAGCUGCUGCUUCUGUAUCUCUCUCUAGAAGGUCCUUUCCUGUGCUGAAGAGCGAUGUAAAGAUGUGGGCUGCAUGCUAAUACCGUUUAAAAUGCCAAGCUUCCUUUCCACCCAAGGGAGAUUUCCCCAUUGCCACCUCCUAGACAAGUGUUUGACUGUCUUUUAUUUUAACACUCUGCAGGUUCAGGGAGUGCUGUUGGAUAGUAUAGGACUAAUACUGAAAAUGGAGCCAAAACAAACUGGUACAUGUAAAAGAGAAUGGUGGCACUGAUGCUGCUGCUGAGGCAGCCAGAAGCGGCAGUAGAAUGCUCCUGUUAUCUGCACGUUGCUGAUGGUAGCUACAGUAGUAGCAAUGGGUAUCCACUUCCUUGGGGCUGGAAAAGCAUCUUGCAGAAUGACCUAAUGUGAAGAUGCUGGUAAAUUGGUUAUGCUGAAAUUCUGAGUCCAGUGAUGCCUGAGCUUUGUUACCACUCAUUCACCACCAGGGGGUUUACUGUGAGGGCGUGUUAUAUCAACUGUCAGCGCUUGGAGAAUUUGGCUGGAAUGAACACGAGACUUUGCUGUCUCCUCAGCCCCCCAUCUUGGUCCAUUCUGCUCCAGAGCCUUCUCCCACCCAGUUCUCACUGCCUUCCUUUGAGAAAAGUGCCUCUGUAGGACAGCCGUAGGUUAUAAACCUCUGACUUGGCCUAUUCUUCUCUUUCUUUGUGAGAGCAUAUCUUAUAGUUGGAGCUUCCCAAUUUUGAGCUCGUUAAUGGUAUCCUGUCAUUCAAAACACAUCAGCCAUGCCUACAAUAUGCAAUCUGAAGCCAUUAUUCACUAUUCUCUAGAAUUGAUCUUGCUUUUUUUCCUAUCUUUAUACAGCAUUGCAGUCUGAAUGCACUUCUCACUUGUAUUUAGUGACUUAUUAAAGUUUAUCCAAGCCAUGGAUUCCCAGCGGAUGUUCUGAGCUUGCUUCUUUAUUUAAAAACAUCAUCUAAAUUCAAAUCAGGAAUUAACACAGUUCUGCAAAUGACGUUCACCCCUCUGCAGAAGGACCAGCAUUAAUCCUAUGCUCCACAGCAGUGGCAUUUCAAACCUUGUUCGAGGACUUCUAUAGGGUCUAAAUGAACCUUUCAGAAAGCAGAGGCUUCUGCAGUAGGUAGAACUGACGCUGCCUGCUUUGGGCACUGGGUGUAAAUGUGUCAGAGGGUCUGUGUUGGGACAUGGGCUCCCUGCAUAGGCAGAGAAGACGACGGUACUCCACAAAAGCGUUCUGGGUCACUCUAAUGGAGUGAGUUAGCAGUUGCAGAUAGAAGCUUCGUAUAAUUCUGUUCCUGAACCACUGCUGAAAUCCUGCCUCUGCUGAGACGGGGAUCAGGUCCUUGUUUUGCAGCUCUAAGGGAACUGAUGUGAUGCAGAGAUCUGUAGUGUGGGACCUCAAAUAUGGUUCCAAUUGAUCUGGUUCCCUUAGAAUGUUCUGGAAAUCCUCAUCCUAACUACUGGAGUUGGUUCUUUUUGCCUCCUUACUAGUUGUCAUCAGCAGUGCAUGCUGUUUGUAUUGCAUUGCCUCUGUAUGGCUGAGUGUUCCUUAGACGGAGGAACUCGGAAGUAGGCCUCAGGACAAGAGGAAGCUGAAAUACAUCAUACUGCCCUGAAGAAUAUGGCCCCCAAGUAAAUGUGUUAUAAUCAUUCUGAGUCACUGCAAACAUUGUAGGGCUUUACUAUAAACAUGCAUAGCUUUGAGCCACCUCCAUAAAGUGCUCUGUAUCUUUGUCCCCCUGUAAUUGUCUGAGAAUACUGUGAUAGGGAGGAGCAGCAGACAGGCUUGUUUUUCUUUGUUAGCUAUUUUUAUUUUACCUGGGUCGUUACUUAUCAAAGAACACUGCUAACAUUGGAAAUAAACAUGUUUAAACAUUAAUAAGUAGCAUAAGAGAUGCUCAUUUUGAUGCUGUGUGGACAAACAUCGGAUGAUUUCUGGAGCAGAAAAGAAGGUAGGAGCAAACAUUUUCCUUUGUGUUUAAUAUCCCUCACUAGUUACUUCCCAGGCAGAAAAGCGAAGAAAGGAAAUCACAAAAGUCAAAUGCCCCUAAUGUUGCCUCAACAAAAUCCCAACCAAGCCAAAAAAAAUUGUUGGUUCCCAGCAGCAGUAAAUGGAGUUCCCUACGGACUGCCUGGCUGUGCUGUGUAUGAGAGUGCUGCUGGCUGCCUUGAGCCAAUGAGGAGCAGGUGUGGUGUUGUGUGGCAUCCAGGAAAUGAAGCUUUCACUGCUUUAUUGGAUAGCUUCUUGAGUUUAAUGAUUCAUGGUGUGAAAAGGCUUUCCUCACCGGCUCUUCCUAACCUUCAGCUUUCAGCCAUGAUUCCUUUCAUUCCAUAUUAGAGAUAACAAGGCUCUUUUCUACACUGUAUUUUCCUUUGUGAAGGGGGUUUUACGCUGUAAUCACAUUACUUCCCAAUCUUCCUUUAAACAGGCUGAACAGAUUGAGCUCCAAAUUUCUCAUUCUGAGGCAUUUUUCUCCCAUCCAGUAAUUUUUAAGGCUUUCUCUCAUAUCCUUCCCAUUUUAUCAACAUCCUUUGCAAAGACCGACCGACCCCGAAGGUGUCUGUGAUACACCAACUUCCACCUCAUCAGCUGCAGCAUAAGGGGCUGACACUUGCCCAGCUUGGGAGUUGCAUUUCCAUUUGAUAUGGAUGCACUUAAGGACAAUGUGCCCUGUAACAUGGGAAGGAUGUGCUUCGGGUUCCUCAGUCUUUCUCCAGAGGCAGUUUGUUACUGCAGCAGGUUCUCAGCCUUCGCAGUUUCCUCUUUUUGUUUCUUCUUAAGUGAUUAAAAAGAAGGAAGAAGUCUGACAGCGUGGAGCCGUUCUUGGGGAAAGAUGGGCUGCUGACUUAAUGCAGGUAUUCCCACCACUUCUCCCUCUUUGCAGGCUUUCUGGUUUGGUGGCGGAAGCUGAAGGUCAUUCCCGUGUCUCCAACCUUGCUGCAGGGGAUGCUGCAGGGACCAUUUGUUAUUUUAAAUCUCGCUAUUUUUCAGUUGUCAAAUCCCAUUAAGGGAGGGUUUAUAGUUUCAUUGGAAAAAGGCAGCGGCUGCACAAAACCUAACAAUGUGAGCUGUUCCGGGAUCUGAUGAGUGUUUUCAGGCUUUCAGCACAGUCAUCUUCCGUGGUUUUGGCAGUAAUGGCAAUUGUGGGGUGUUUUAAUCCCUUGGGUCUUGUAAAAGCUCUUCAGGCAGACACUGUCAUGGGCUUAGUCUGUCGUGGGUGAGAAAACAAGUAACAAAUGUCCCAUGAAUUGAUCUGAAGCCACCUCCUAAGCAGGGAAGCAUAUGGGAACUUGGGCAGUGGCGCUGACCUGCUGCUCACUGUGUGCCCGGCUCCUUUGCAGUAAACUUUGCAAUUUACAAACUGUUUGCUCUUCACUUGACGUCUUAUCUCCUUUUCCUGCUCUGGUUAAUGAUAAAAAAGCAACUUCAAGUACCAUUACACAUAAAUCUUUGAGGCUUUGUGUGACUGAGAAGCCAGCUGGGGGGAUGAAUGUGUCAUCACUGGAGUAAACCUUAUAUCUGGGGAGUUUUUGCAUUGGUUGUGGGGUGUUUUGUUUUUUAGUUUGUUUUUUUUUCCCACUGUUGCCAUUUGUGGUGGGCCAACAGAUGGAACUUCCCACAGGACCUUAUUUAUCCCUGCAAAAGCAGCUGCCGCUAGGGUUGGGUUUGCAUGGAUUCCUGUGCUUUGGAGCUUGUAAUUAUAAGAACAGUGCCUUUCUCAUUGGGUUAGCAGCGUUCUCCAAAUUGGUGUUUGCCUUUGAGGCUGCGUGUAAUUCAUACCUGGUUCAUUCAGGCCAAGGUCGUUGCGGAAGGUACAGCUCCAAGAUCAUAUUUUUUCCUCUGGAAAAGGAAAAUGCAGAUAAAAGCAUAAGAAAAAGAUGAUGAUGAAAUUUUUCUUAGGCAAAACAUCAGCAGGUGAAGGCAGCCUGUGUGCUUCCACGUGCUGCCAUAGCAGCUCUAGCAGCACUUACAGCCCUGUAACACGUUGCUGCCCUCCUGCUGCCUGAAAUCCAACAUCAGUAGCAGAUGGCAAGAGGUGAGACUUGUUUUCUGGUUGUAACGGGGCAGCCUUAGAGAUUUCCCAUCAACGUGCUGCCUCCAGCUUCCUCCACUUGUGAGGCUUCAGCCUUCAGUACGGCUUCAGCCACAUGAAGGCUGGAUGAGGCCAAAUGCAUGUUAGUGAGCAGCUGGUUGUGCAGGAAUUGCAGCAGACCUGGUUUCUGCACGGUGCUUCGGGACGUGCUGUGUGUUCUGGGAACCCUUUGGAAAUGAAUAUUUAAUGCAGAAAUCAAACAAUUAUAUGCACGUGUAAAUGCUGCAUUUAUCUCCCUGCUGCCCUAUAAAGGGUGAGUAGCAAUAAGCCCGGGGGGGCUAUCAUAAUUAUCAUUCUACUGACUUGGCUAAUAAAAAAUCAAUUGCAAUGAGAUGGUUUUGAGCUUCCCUUCAUGUGCAGUGUUGCAAGUGUUAUCCCCGUUUCUAGCAUGUGUCUGCAAGGAGGAGGGGUUGGUUUUGAGUCCAGCUUUCCCCAAAAGUGGGAACUGCUGAAAGUGAUGUUUUUGUGAAGCCUUCUGCUCCUUGACAGCCUGCAGAAAUGCUGCACGUGAGGAGCAGCCACUUUCUUGGCAUUUCGUGUAGUGUUUUGCACCAGAGCACGGAUGGGUUGUGAAGUAUAUCUGUGUUCUGAGAGAAGUUUGCCUAUGUGGAAAAAGCCAGCUCUGGACCAAGUGUGGCUCACUUGUACAGGAAAAUUUGCUUACGCUAUGCCUACAGUUGUCACUGUGAGAGUUAAGUAGCUAAUGCCGUGCCAGGGAGUACAGGAGAAGCUAUAACAUGCAUGGGAACAUUCUUCUCCAGUGCAGUAAGUUCUCCAGUUUUAAUACUGCACCGGGCAGUAUUGCAAAUUCUCAUCCCGUUGGUGGAGUGGCAUCUUUGUGCGUGAGUGGUUUCACGUCCCUGGGUCCUACAGCCGUGGGGCUGAGGGAGAUGGGUGGAAGUGAAGCUCUAGGAAUGAACCAGAGUGUGAUGUUACCUGUCUGGGAGCAAAUGGAGACUGAAGCCUUCAUUCCAUAUAUGUGUUUUCACCAGCUUGGUUGUGCAGAGUUGUGUUGGUAUGUUUCCUAGGGGCAAUGUAUAAUUUGUUCAUUGAUAGACUACGCUACUUAGACAAAUUAGACCUUUUUAACACCAGUCCUAUUAAUUGGUUUUGACUGCACUGCAUUAAUUACAGAAGGGUUAGCAGUGUUUUAAUUGUAGAGAAUUGUUCUGUAAUUUGAGGAAAAUGGUCAACGUUCGGCACGUGGCUUCCAGUGAGAGUUUGUUAUCUCCGUCUUCAAACAUGGUUCUUAAGGCAUUACCAUAAUCUUGUGUUGGCUGUAAUUAUGUGUAUUACCGGGUGGGAAGGAGUCAUAAAAGAGAUGGUGCAAAAUUAGCACCAGAGAGCACAAUCUUGGUUUGAUGCAUGGAGAUGAGGUGCCAGUGUGGCUGUGCCCCAGGCUGGCAGGGGUGGUGGGUGCAGACGGGGGCUGGCUGAGCGGAGUGCGGCCGUCCCCUCCUCCUGUUUGUUAGAAGUGUGACACAGCUAAUCGCUUAAUCACUUCAGUAAGAGUUGGGGCUUUAAAUACCUAAAGUCAUUCCGGCUCAGUUCCCGCAGCUUUGCUGCCUGCCCAGACAGUGCUGCUGUGUUCCAGGGUUGUGGGAAGUCUCUGGUUCAGCCCUCGGCAGGAGCUACAAAACCCACACCUGUAUGGUGCUGUAGGGAUGCACAGUGCUAGCAGGGUAAUGUAGCACCUUCAACUUUGCUGGAGAAAGUAGAUGUCUCAAACAUGCUGAGUGGUUUUGAGACUGAGUACAGUUUUGGCUGCAGAGCCGAGCUGCUAUUGCCUUUGGCCGGCUUCAGACCAGUUCUGUUUUGGGCAGCUCGGCUAGGAAGGUCCUGCUGCCCGGACAGACACCUGUUCCCACUGGGCACGCUGCAGAGUGCUUACCUUCCCUGGGAAGCUGUCUGCAGGGCCCGUAACGGUGAGUUCAUUUGUUGCAGCCCAGACAGAGGUGGUGAUCCCUUUACCGCCCUGCACGUGUCCUGAAACUGUCUUAAUGUACCGUAUCAUGGCACUGUAGAAAGUCAAAUCUCGUUUUAGCCUGACUUCCUAAGGAGGCUUAUGUGAUCGUGCUGUUUAUAUCUUCAUCCCUCCCUUGGGGACCUUUUGAACCCAUGGGCCAGGAUCAGACAAAUGCAUCAGCAGAAGGUGUUGAUGAUAGUGCUGGCUGUGCUGCAGGGGCCACGUGAGCACAGCCACAGCGCUGCCUGGCUGCAGCUUGGCCGUGCCAGAGCCUGCUUGGCUGCACACAGAGAGCUGGGGCUAGCAGGCGGGACAUCACAGCAGCAAAUGGAAAGGCUUUCCACAGCACUGUGAAAAUGGGCAACAUUCGGAAGAAGUGGGGAAGAUGCGUUCUAAAUUUUUGCAUGGCGUAAGUCCAGAGAACACAGAAAAAUUACAAGGAUCUCAGUAAGGAGUGUUGUUUUUCAAAGCUCUUCAUCUUGGAAAGAUGUGAUGGAGAAUCUCUAAUUUCUGUUGUUUACAAAAAUUCUCCAGCACAUUUGACAGUAGAGGAAACACUGAACGAAGCUGAACUCGCAGGUUAAGGCACAGGGGAGUUGAUUAAAGCUGUGUGCACAUAUAUCUCCACACACAUUUAUCUGUAUAUGUACCUAUGUGUGUAUGUAUACACAGGCAUGUGCUGUAUUUCAAGCCAUGCUCGUGGCAGAGGGAGAGUCACUGUCUUCAUUAUUGAGCUUGAGAGUACAGUGAGAGGAGAAAUCUCAUGUGGAGCCUCUUCCUGGGGGGCAGACAGGUACAUAUGGGGUAACCUGGCAGCUGAACAAGGCCUGGCUGAGAUUCUAAACCCGAGAGCUUGUUCAGGCCUUGUGCCCUUUUUCUAGGGAUGCAGAAGUGAUCCCCGCAAUCUCGCCUGACCGAGGAAAGCAAAACCACGCCCCCUGGGUUAUAUCUCAUGAGUAAAACACUCGUGUAAACUGAAGUCUCUCAGCAACAACCUCAAUAAACUAAAUCCCUCCCGGGGAGAAAAAGAUAAUCAUAUGAAGAGGCCCGAUAUCCCCCUGCUGUGCAUCUGUCAGUCAGCUGCCCGCAGGGAAAAGCGGCUAUGCCAUGAUAACCCUGCGCAGGGGGAAGGGGAGCAGAUGGGCGGGGGAUUAAAGCUGCAGCAGGAAGAGGGGAAUUGGGACCGGCAGUGCUGGCAGCCCUGGUCGCUGCUGGUUUAUGGGAGGUAUGGGGAACGGAGCACGACUGUAGGCUGCCUAUCCUGCAUGCUUGGUUAUGGUGGGAUGUGCAUUAGGGACUGGAAAGUGGAAAGAGACAUCUGCUGUGCUUCACUUAAGAGCUCCCGCUCCUCCUGCGACCAGGAUGGGCAUCACUCGUGCAUCCGUGCUCCAGGAGCUGGCAUGCACCUCCACCAGUGCUCAGCCCCAACAUCCCAUGCCCCAGCAGCCUUUCCCACCCCUCCAGCUUUUCCUUGCAACCCCAGUCCCGGAUCCACCAAGCCCCUUCCUGCCCAUCCUGGCACCUCAUCUCUUGGAGGGUCAGCAGCUCCUUGAGGAGAUGGGGAGACAGAUCUGUGCCCUCAGAAGCUCUCCCUCUUACUUAGAGGAUAUGGUGCACCUCCUUCAUUGUAGCCACAACAAGAAGCAGCUCUCAUAUUGCUGUUCCACCUGAAUUAGGAAGAAGUAGGAGAAUUUAGGAGUACAGUCUGUGUGUCAUGGCAGGUGUUGUGAGCAGUUGUCCCAGGUGUACACAAAUGGGAAUGAAAAAAGAGUUAAACAGUGGUUGUGUCUGCAUCAGGCACUCAGGCACUCUUCUGGUGACACUGAGAGAUUUUUAGCACAUUAAGGGGGAAGAAAAAAGCAACUCCUGAGUUGAGCCAUCAGACGUCACAGAGCCUUCCUGCGUGCACGGCUGAGUUUUGCAACUUGGAUCUGGGGUGCAGGCAGAUGAUGGCCAGCAGUUACUGCCUGCCUGCCAAACAGAUGCACAGGCUUAGCCAGCAUGGAUGGGAACACAGAUUUCCAAACUUUUUCACUUAGCUGUGAUUAUUCUUUGAGAUGUGUGAAUUACAGUAAGGAGCAUGUCGGACACUUCCGUGCCUGUUUGUCAUGACCAGUGUGCAUGGGUGGGGGAGCUGGCAAGCAGAAGGUACACCUCCUGAUACAGACUUUUUUGGGUGACGUGCAGAGGUGUCAGUAUGUAUGUGGAUGUCUGAUGGCACACCUGCUGUGCUGCAGGGGCACUGCUAGUGAGAUCUGCUCUACAUGAUCUGAUGACGGGGCAACCACAGCAUCACUGGUUUGCCUGAUUCUGGCACAGUUUUCCUGCUCUCAGUCCUGAACGCAAAUAGUUGCAUUUCUGCAUAGCUUAUGCAAACUACUGAAAUACCUUGAUGAACAAAUAGUUCAUCUUGGCCUAAUUGUUACAGCUGCAUGAAGGCAGACGUCUACCGCUGGUAGUUAAACAGAUCUACUCACAGAGAUGUACUAAAUAGAUGUACUAAACCAGCGUGUUUGAACUGCUCUUUGUACAAGGCGUGUAGCUGCUUCUCUGCGUGGGUUUGUAACGAGAAGGGGUCAUCUGUCGGUCAUUAUAAUUUUCAAGAUAGAGCAGAAAAGAAUGCCAAUUAGUGUUUAUAUAGGCAGAGCUGAAAAUUUUUGUUACGAAUUUCUAGGGCACAGCUCUGAGCUCACUGCAAACACCGUAUUUUCUGGUAAUUAAAACCACUGCUUUCUCAGGAAGAACUAAAAUAUCCUAAAAAAAAUAGCAUAUAAUGUCAGCGAAAAGGCAGUGAGCCAAACUCUCAGAUGCCUCAACUCUUCUUAAUAUUUGGUUAGCGUUGGUUUUUGGUUAGGUUUUUUUAAGCCUUGAAUCCUUUGGGAUCUUUGAGGUAAGAGUGGCAGUUGCUUCUGUGUACACCUGCAGUGUACUCUGACCAGCCUGACCACGGUGACCUGCCAUUGCAGCGAUCUGCAGGGCUGGGCGUGUGGCUCAUCCAAAUGUCACUGAGGAUGAAGACUACUGAAAAGAUUACCCUUCCAUUCCUGAAUAUUUUCAUCCUUGCUGCGCCAGUCGUAUUUUCAGCCUUUACUCUGCAGUCUUUAUGAAACUUAAUGGGAAAAAAAAAAAAUCCUAAAGGUAGAUGUUUUUCUGCUUGGAAAAUCUUUGAAGCUGGAAUUUCCCCUGCCUUGAGUUUCCUGCGGUUUGCCUGGUUGACUUUGCUCAUGGGCACGAGUCUUCCAAGAGUCCAGUUUUCUGCUGGCACGUGUGCCAGAUUUUGGUACUCGAAUAGCUGAAUUAUUGACUCUAGGACUUUUUGGACUGGCUUUCUCAUUCUUCUCACGUGGUUUAUUAUUUUUGGCCUACUAACCCUGAUAGGUGUUAAAUUUAAUUAUAAGAAGUUGAAAUUGAUUAUUUCACCUUAAUUAAGGCACUCUGAGUCUUCAUUCCUAAAAUUACUUGAGAAAGUAUUACAGUAUUUCCCUUCCGUAUAACCUACAUGAAGGAGUGUCAGGUUGAAUGCUGAGAAAGAAAGGGAUGGCUCCUUGCUUUCCUGAAGUGCAUGUUACUGCGGCCUGAUGUCGCAGGUGGAUGUGUUGCCCGUGGAAGGAGGAGUGCUGCACCUAUCAUCUGCCCCACACGCCUGCUGUGUGACCCAGCAUUCGGGCUCAUGGGCAGCCCAGUAAACAGGAUUUCUUAUUUGAAGAAUAGCCUUCCCAGUUUGGAUUUUGGGGUCUACUUACUAUCUCAUUCAAAUAAUCCCACGCCAAGUGUGUGGGAGAGACCUUUUGCUUGAGUGUGGCUUAAGUUUCAGAUGAAGUAGUAUGGGCUCUCUAAACCAGUAUUUUAGAGUUAUAGUCCACCUUAUUUUAUCCAAGAGCUUCCAAGCUUACUGUUAAUAAACGUCAACUCAGAUAUAUUUAAAGCAUAAUAUAUAGUGCAGUGAUGGGUUUCUUUUUAAAGGAUUGGGCACUUAGGAUAUGCAGAUUUUCAUCUGUUUUUUAUUUAGUUUAUAUACUUUCAUAUGUGGCACAUCGUAGAUGAGUUCUUAUGAGCUACCACAACUCUUCUUAAUAUAACGUAAUUGCUUGAAGUGAAUGAUCCAUCUUUACAAGGUGUAACAUGUGACAAUUGCUUUGCCUCGAUGAAAGGAAAAAGUUAACAAGUGAAUAAAACUACAGGGCUUAGUGGGGGAUUGGAGUACUCAGCUCAGGUAGUUGGGCAGAAGGGAGAUUUUGGAGGUGGCUGUGGUGGGGGCUCUCAUGCUGACGGCUCUCAGGGAUGGGCCGUCCUGCCGCAGUUCUGUGGCUGGGAAUUUCUAGGAUGCUCUGAAGCAGGUUUAUCCAUGGCUGUGCAUGCCACGAGCUUUCUCAAUUUUAUUUCUUGUACCAAUUCCUGUGGUUAUUGUGCUAGAUGUUUCCCAAGUGCUUUCUCCAAUGCUUCUGUAACAUUCACUGCUUUUCUUAUGCUAAAGCAUCCAAAGGAAACAAACGCGAAAAUUAAGUAGAGCAUUUUAUAGCUAUGAUAGAGAUCCUCCCUUGGUCUGAUUAAGCGUGGUAAUUAAUCUGGUCUAACUCUUGAGUUUGCCUCCCAUGACACCCGGCAAACUGCUGCUUCCCACCCCAUGUGAUCACACUGAACUUAAUUAGCAUGUGGGGAUGUGCUAGAGAGCUUCGCACUGUCCAAGUUAGAAGUGAGGCACAAAUAUGUGGAGUUCCUCCCUGAAGUAGCACAUCGCUUCUAAGGAAAUGAGAAAGUGAUGUAAAAUGCAUGGCUGGUUGAUUCUCCAGUUGAGUAAGAAGUGGUUUCUAAAGGACAUGAAUUAUGCAGAGUGCUUUCCGGCUGGGCUGAGCACUUGCCCUCCCAGGAGACAUUUCUUCAGCCUGCAGUAGCGGUGAGCUCCGACGCACGCUGGUCCUGUGAUUUUCAGUGCCGUGGGAUGAGACCUCCUGGUCAGCUCAGCCCCAAGGGGAGAGCGCAGGAGGAGCUGGACAGAGCGAUGCCACUUGCUGAGAGACUUGGCAUGGUCAGGAAUACAUUGAAGGCUGUCAAGAGGAAUUUAGUUAAGGGUUUUUCCACCAUGUUCGGAAAGAAAAAGAAAAGGCUUGAAAUUUCUGGGCCCUCUAACUUCGAGCAUCGUGUCCAUACUGGCUUUGACCACCGGGAGCAGAAGUUCACAGGACUACCUCAGCAGUGGCACAGCCUGCUGGCGGACACGGCCAACAGGCCAAAGCCUAUGGUGGACCCAUCAUGCAUCACUCCCAUUCAGCUCGCGCCUAUGAAGACUAUUGUCAGAGGAAAUAAGCCUCGGAAGGAUACUUCAAUCAAUGGCCUGCUCGAAGAGUUUGACAAUAUCUCUGUGACUCGAUCCAAUUCCCUGCGGAAGGAAAGUCCUCCUGCACACCACCAAGGCAAUGCAAACCAUGUGCCAAGGCACCAGGAGGAAAAUGGUUACAUCACGUAUUCGCAGUACUCCAGUGAGUCAGACACAACAACAGACUAUGUCAUGGACAAGUAUAGAGACAAGACUCUCUAUGGGGAAGAGCUAGACAGGUACUACAAAGGGGGCUACGCUGCCAAGCAGAACGGGCACAUGAUGAAAGUCACUUCCAGAGACAUCUAUUAUUCAGAAAUGACACCCCUGAAAUCAGACCUCUCCAGGUUUCUCCCAGAUUACCAUGCACAAGUGGAAGCGAAGCCCAAACCGCUCGAAUAUGGAGGUCUAAAGCUGGAGUACCAGAGGAUUCCCAGUGGAUCCUCACUGGACUACAGAGACCCCUUCCCUUACGCCCUGUCCCGAGCGUCAGUGCAGAGCGAGUGCCCCAAGGAGAGGCUGGAGUACAGCGACGGCGACUGGGGGCACAGCCCAGCCAAGGAUGACUAUGACAAGAGGCCCAAGUCAUCCUACGUGGACCCGGCAAGCCCUCAGCCAACCAUGAGGCAGAGAUCCAGGUCGGGCUCUGGUCUGCAGGAGCCAGCCAUGCCCUAUGGAGCAAGUGCAUUUAAAGCACACCAGCAAGGACACUCCUACAGCUCCUACACCUACCCUCGCUUGUCUGAAACUGCAGCAGGCAUCUCCAAGGUGGAUUACGACCGAGCACAGCUGGUAGUUAGCCCACCACUCUCUGGAUCGGACACCUACCCAAGGGGCCCAGUAAAGCUACCUCAAAGUCAAAGCAAAGUCAGCUAUUCCAGCAGCAGCUACCAGUACCCUCUGGUCUACCACAAAGCAUCCCACUACCACCAGCCAUCCCUCCAGCCAAGCUCUCCCUAUAUUUCCACCGCCUCCUACCCCAGCUCCCCAAGUAUCACAUCAAGUGCUUAUCCCCCUCCCAGCUGGGGCUCCUCCUCAGACCAGCAGCCCUCCCGGGUGUCCCACGAACAGUUCAGAGCUGCCCUGCAGCUGGUCGUCAGUCCCGGGGAUCCCCGGGAGUACUUGGACAGCUUCAUCAAGAUCGGGGAGGGCUCCACGGGGGUAGUCUGCAUUGCCACUGAGAAGCACACGGGAAAGCAAGUCGCUGUGAAGAAAAUGGAUCUCAGGAAACAGCAGAGGAGGGAGCUGCUGUUCAAUGAGGUUGUAAUCAUGAGAGAUUACCAUCACGAAAACGUGGUUGACAUGUACAACAGUUACCUUGUCAGCGAUGAGCUGUGGGUGGUGAUGGAGUUCCUGGAGGGCGGUGCUCUGACAGACAUCGUGACUCACACCAGGAUGAACGAGGAGCAGAUAGCGACCGUCUGCCUGUCUGUCCUGAGAGCUCUGUCCUACCUGCACAACCAGGGUGUCAUCCACCGCGACAUCAAAAGUGACUCCAUCCUCCUCACAAGCGAUGGGCGGAUCAAAUUGUCCGACUUCGGGUUCUGUGCCCAGGUGUCCAAGGAGGUGCCAAGGAGGAAGUCGCUGGUUGGGACGCCAUACUGGAUGGCACCAGAGGUGAUAUCACGCAUGCCCUAUGGCACCGAGGUGGACAUCUGGUCGCUGGGCAUCAUGGUGAUAGAAAUGAUCGACGGCGAACCUCCCUACUUCAAUGAGCCACCGCUGCAGGCCAUGCGUCGGAUCCGGGAUAACUUACCGCCCCGCGUGAAGGACAUGCACAAGGUCUCCUCUGUCCUCCGGGGCUUCUUGGACUUGAUGCUGGUGCGGGAACCCUCGCAGAGAGCCACGGCACAGGAACUGUUGAGACACCCAUUCCUUAAGCUGGCCGGGGCCCCUUCCUGCAUCGUGCCCCUCAUGAGGCAGCACCGGCACCGCUGAAUGCGGCAACUUCUCAGGAGGAGGUUGGUGCAGGGGCCAGGUAACGGCUGGGCAGGGAUCCCUGCGGUUGUGUGGGAACCACGGGGAGGGGUGAGCGAAACCUUGUGUAAGAAAACCCGCCCCAUGGAAAUAACGUGGUGUAUAAAAACCAAAGGGGUGCUCCGUGGGGUUGCAAAGGACCCAGGGGGUAAUCCACGUAGGGGGCCACGUACUGUGGCUGUGCCAUGCUCUCAUCUUGGCCAUCCAGGCAGAAGGCGCCACAUGCAAACCAGGGGGGAAAGAUAAUGAAUAGAGGAUAGCACAACCGGAGCGAAACACCAGGAUUUCUAACGUAAUGGCUACGGCACUUCUACUUCAGAAAAACACUUUUCUGACACAAAAAAAGCACUUUUUUAAUCUCAGUCAUAGCAGCGUAAUGUAUUUUGAAAUGAAUUUGUAAUUUUCUGUACAGUACUUUUGAUAAUUUGCAGUACUUUGUCAUGUAACCAUUGUGCUAGUUGAAGUACUAUGUGUAACUUAGCAAGAAUUUGAGAAGUUAAAAAUGUUUCCUACUUUUUUUAACCCUUUUGAGUAUGGAAAAAAAGCCCUUUAGGAAGUUAGAGAACUUGGCAGAAUUUCCCUUGGGGUGUGGCGAGUGCUUUGUCCCGCUGUCACAGCGGCCUGAAGAUCAGUGGGUGCCAACACCGAGAACACCAUCAUGGCAGUUGCUUUGAGUGCUUGCCCUCUGGGGGCUGCUGGCCUCGUGGCAGCAAUCCAAGCUUCUGCCAUCUGCUGGAAGGCACUGGGGCCCUCAGUUCCCCCUUUCUCCAGCGAUGGGAACUAACACAGAUGUGUGGUUGCUCAAGGGUCAUGCGGCAACCUGACAGUCCCUUCACAUCCCGCUGCUGCAAAGUCAGGGUGGUUUUGUUAUUGCAGAAAUACCCAUCCUUUAUGUCAUGCUCUGGAAGUUGAUGGAGGCAUUCUCCAGAUUUGGAGGAGACCGUUGUGAUACGUUAUGUUUGCCAUAUAGAAGUCGUGCUGCUGUCUAGACCUUCUUGAAUGUUGAUACAACAGUUGACUACUACGGAACAUUUUUGUGUUACUUGUUGGAUGAACUUGCAUGUUAACUGUAGGCCUAUAGCUUUGCCUUUAAAAUUUUUAGAAGUGCUUCAUAAUGAAUGAUUUCAAUGAUAAAUUAAAUUUUAUUUAUUAAUGAUUAGUUUUUAAUUAUGUAUAGUAUGAAAGCCAUGUUUUUCCAGUUAUUUUUUUCUUACUGACCUCAUUUUAUGAUAUGAAAAGCCAAUUUUGUGACAACAGGAUUAGCUUAUUUCUUACUAUAAAAUUUCAUAGUGAAUAUAUUGUUAUUUAUCAUAGCAAAUUAUAACCAAACACCUAAACCUGGCAGGAGCUGUUUCUUGAAGAUCUUCCUCCCACUCAAAAGAUUUGCCCACAGGACAGCAGCUUUUUUAGUACCGCCCUUAAAAGUUAAGUAACAGUUGAAGAGGGGGUAGCAAUUAAAAGAAGCAAACAAACAGAGAAGGGGAGAGAAAUAUGAACUUGAACAUUGAAUAAAUGUUCUUCCGUGUAUAUGUCUCACCCCCCUCUGCUUUCUCUUCUUAACCCUGUUUGCACAUUUCAAGGAAGUGUGUUUAGCUGAGCCUCUCUGCCCUGCCACAAACACACGCUGCUGGUACCCACCUGCAGAAACCCAGCUGAGAGAACAGGGGCAUCUGGGGAGUUUUUAAGUGUUUGUAUUUUGUAGUCUUGGCAACUCAGGAAAAAAAAGGCUGCACUGCUACAGGCAAUGGCGUACAGGUGAAACUGUAAUACCAGACAAAGUCAAUUUUUUUUAAACCAUCUUUGAAUAAAAAUGGGGUUGGUGGGUUUUCCUCUUUAAUAUUCAGCACACUUUAGACUGUUCAAGUGGAGAAUUUUCCGCGACUUUCUUAUCAUUAGAUACUUCAGACAGUGUUCUUUGAGUUUACUGAAAGCUGAAAGUUUUGUCGGUUUCAAAGGUUGUUUUUUUUUUUUUGUGACCACCAGCUGCUGGUGAGACGAUGCACAUGCAAGUUAAAUAAAUUAAUACAUAAUUUUA